AUGAGUGGACAAAUCCCUCUUCAGUUACAGGACUUGAACUUUGUAUCUUCCUUCAAUGUUUCCUACAACAAUUUGUCAGCCAAAGCACCUGAUCAGGGAGAGUUUGCUAACUUUGAUGAGAACAACUUCAAAGGAAAUCCAUAUCUUAUUUGGAAUAACAGUAACAGAAGAAAUCCAACACCGCUGUCACCACCACCAAUUCUAUUGCAUGAUGGAGAGGGAAAAGACUCUGCAAUUGAUUUCACUUCCUUCUAUUGGAGUUUUGCUUCAUGCUAUGUCAUGGUACAAAUAGUAUUGGUGACAAUCCUUUGGAUCAAUCCUCAUUGGCGGAGACAGUGGUUUUAUUCUGUCCAAGUGUGCCUUCAUAUAUGUUUUGGUCAAUUUGUUGAAGGUGUGUUCUACUAG